UUAAAUUGUCAAGGCUACUACUGUCACAUUGGCCAGACAAGAUAGCAGAACAAUAAUUAUUAUAUUUUGUUAUUAUUAACGAUGAUAGAAUCUUUUGCUUCCAACAUAUAUUUUAUUAGUGGAAAUUAGUGGAAAUUAAUAGACAUGAACUUCUUUGGCAGCUGCUGCACUCGGUAUGGCGGUGUUUCAUUUUGGGUCACACCAUGCGGUCGCAAUACUAUUAAGCCUGCUCAACUGUUAAAUGCUAACAAAACCCUGGUGAAAAUUAAUCAAAUCGAAGAGAGAAAUGUAGAAAAACUUCCAUUAAACCUAUGCCCAGGAACCCUACGUGUACCAUUUGGACCGACAAUGUGGACACAAAUAAGAUUUUCCAAAGGCUAUCCACGUCUGCACCGGGACAUAGACUUUCCCAAUUUUGACGCUUAUAGGAAAGCUGACUACAAGGAUGUUCGAACAACGUCUUGGGGGGCAGGUGACGAUAAACCAGGAUACAUAUAUGUACUGGGACUUUUCGGCUUACUUGCUGGAGCUUAUGGCACGAAGGCCCAUAUUAUUCACUACGUAGCAUUUAUGGAUGCACCGGCAGAUGUGAUCGCUCUUGCUAGCAUUGAAGUAGAUAUAUCUAAAGUGUUACCUGGAACUUGCCUGGCCAUCAAAUGGCGAGGAAAGCCCUUAUUCAUCAGAAACAGAACUGCCGCAGAUAUUAACUCUGAAAAAAAUACAGCGUUAUCUUCGUUACGAGAUCCCGAAACUGAAGAACAACGCACACAGAGGAAGGAGUGGCUGAUCGUGAUCGGUAUCUGCACUCACUUGGGCUGUGUACCUGUACCGAAUAGUGGUGAUUGGCCGGGUGGUUUCUAUUGUCCUUGUCAUGGUAGUCACUUCGAUAAUUUGGGAAGAGCUAGAAGAGGUCCAGCCCCGAAAAAUCUAGAAGUUCCGCCCUAUAAGUUUCUCUCUGACACUCUUAUCAACGUAGGGUAGAUGUAACCAAUGUAUACCUUUAUGUAUGAUGUAUUUUUUUACCAAAUAUAUUUACUGGCGUUAUUAAA